AACUUUGGAACAAAUAUCGAAUUUCCAACAUUCCAUCACUAAUAUUCUUAGACGCCACCACCGGGAAGGUCGUGUGCAGGAAUGGGCUGCUGGUGAUCCGCGAUGACCCAGAGGGUUUGGAAUUCCCUUGGGGGCCUAAACCCUUCAGGGAAGUCAUUGCAGGGCCCUUGCUUAGAAAUAAUGGGCAGUCCCUGGAGAGCAGCAGCCUGGAGGGGUCUCACGUGGGAGUCUAUUUCUCUGCACACUGGGUGGCUGGGAAUUGGGAAGAAGGCACGAACGUGAGGCUGCAGGAUCCCACUCAUGUCUUCCAGUGUCCACCCUGCCGAAGCCUCACCCGGGUCCUGGUGGAAUCCUACCGGAAGAUCAAGGAGGCAGGCCAGAAAUUCGAGAUCAUCUUUGUUAGUGCAGACAGGUCAGAGGACUCAUUCAAACAGUACUUCAGUGAGAUGCCGUGGCUCGCAGUCCCCUACACCGACGAGGCCCGGCGGUCGCGCCUCAACCGGCUGUAUGGAAUCCAAGGUAUCCCCACCCUCAUUGUGCUGGACCCACAGGGGGAGGUGAUCACGCGGCAGGGGCGGGUGGAGGUGCUGAACGACGAGGACUGCAGGGGCUUCCCGUGGCACCCCAAGCCCGUGCUGGAGCUCUCCGACUCCAACGCUGUGCAGCUCAACGAGGGCCCCUGCCUCGUCCUUUUUGUAGAUUCUGAGGAUGACGGGGAGUCCGAGGCGGCCAAGCAGCUGAUCCAGCCCAUAGCUGAGAAGAUCAUCGCCAAGUACAAAGCCAAAGAGGAGGAGGCUCCGCUUCUGUUCUUUGUGGCGGGGGAGGAUGACAUGACCGACUCCCUGCGAGAUUACACCAACCUGCCCGAGGCUGCCCCUUUGCUCACCAUUCUGGACAUGUCAGCCCGGGCCAAGUACGUGAUGGACGUGGAGGAGAUCACCCCUGCCAUUGUGGAGGCCUUUGUGAAUGACUUCCUAGCAGAAAAGCUCAAACCAGAGCCCAUCUAGUCGGGCUCCAGCUUCCCGGGAUGUUAUUUAAAACUCAUUCUUCUCCUCCCCCUCCCCCGCCCUUCCCUCCACCCUUGGACUUUUCCAGGGUGUACCGAAUCACACAACCCAAGUGUCCCACCUCUCUGUGGUGCCUUGUUUUCUGCAUUAACUCCUCAGCUAGCACCCUAGGGUGCGCAUCCUCUCCAGCAGCAGCAGAACCUCUGUGUUUGGAGACUCUGCUUGGGAUUCGCGGGGCUGGCAUGACCCGGCCCGAACUGGGACUGCAGCGUUCUCUUGGUCCCUAGCUCUUGGUGAGGUAUUUGCCAGGGUGUUCUUCUGUCAAGUGGGCACCAAGGGACAGAGCAUCGGUGCUCUGGCUCUGCCUUAGGUGCCAGCACAUACGUGCAGAGCCCGAGGGUUCAGAGGCACAUGCGCGGCGGGUGGAGCAGGGAGAGGGCGGCGGCCGCGGAGGCCUCCGUGCAGAGCUGCUGGCGAGGACGUCCUUUCCUAAGUGACUUGGUCUGUCUUGGUCUGAGGGAAAAACACCAGCUUGUCAGCCGGUUCUCGGGCAGGGGCUCUCCAGCCCUCAAAGGAAGUUUGUGUUCUUUUCUGGUGAGGAAGAGAGUAGCCACGGUAAUGAUUCACGUAGUAAUUGCUUACUUUGAUGGAGCGCCUCCCAUGUGAUAAGAAGGAGCUGCUCAUUCCUUCCUCCUAGCUCUUCCUUCCUUGAUUUUGACCUUCUCCCAGUUUCUACCUUCUCAGAUGAACGGCCCCUACAAUCUUGGAAUGUUGUUACUAGGUUCUCCCCCUUGGAGAGAACCGUCUUCCCAAGAAGACGCGGUGGUCCUGUGUUCCCGGAGGAGCACCGCUCACCAGCGCAGACCUGACUCAGCCCGGCUCUGGGCCUGGGGCCGCUGGAGCUGUGCUGAGGUGCCCUUGCCCAACCUUGGUUACCCCUGCAUUCCCUUUUCUUCUCAAAGCAGAACUUAAAAGAGACAAAAAAAAUUACCAGAAGCCUAGCUUUUUCCUAAGAACCUGCAGAAAGGGCUGUGCCCUGAGGUGGGAGUGCAGGCCAAAGAUAGGUCAGCUAAGAGUAGGCCCUGGGUCUGCUCUGCCGGGCCCAGCUCAGCUCCUUGUUUGGGCUGAACUGAGCACAGAAAGGAAGCUAACAGCUGUGCUCUUAGGAUUUGGGAUGGAAGGCUUUGCCUAGGGCCUCACAGGGUUUCAGCCUAUCUCAGUCAGAAGUCAGGGCCUUUCAAAUAAUCUCAGGCCUCACCCCUGGCUCCACUCACAGCCGAUCAGGACCAUUUGUUUGGAAAACCCAGCCCCCUCCAAUCAGCUGCCGACGCCGGCGCUCCUUGCUGAGUGGGGCUGUUGAUUUGUAGCUCAGAGGUACAAAUUUAGUUGGUAAUUAGACUGUUACUGUUACCAGCCUGAAAUGCAGUCACCUAGUAAGAAAUAAAACAGGCAUCUCUGGACGUUACCAACCACUCGGCCAUUCCUGUCCUUCAUAACAAAAAUCUUUUGGCUUGUGUUGUGCUCCGUGGGGUGGGCAGUGGUGGUGGGGGGGACACUCAAGAUCCUCUUGACUUUCACCGGAUAUUUGGCAGCUAUGUUUCAGAAUUUUUGAGAACCAAGCCCUAACGUGGUCAUCUGUCGAAUCCUCUGGAAGCCGGGAUGCUCGUUUGGAUUAGAGCGCCAGAGGCAGAUCCCCCCGCUGGAGCUCCGGCUGCCACCUCUCCGGGUCUGACUUGCUAUUGCAGGCGGUGGAGUCUCAGAUUACAGACAUCCUUGUGGACACGUGUUCAUUCCCCCCCUUCACGGGAACACGUGCUCAGAAGCCUGAGAAGGCCAGUUGGGGAAACACAAGGAGUCGAGCACGGGUCCUUCUGUGAAGAAUGGGGCAGUAGUUGGAGACUCUCAAACCUAGCUCUGUCCUAGGGCUAGGGGCUGCUCCGGGAGCCCUGCCACUGUCUCCCUGGGGGGCGGGGGGUGUGGGGACGAGGUGAGGUCACCCUCACUUGGAGGAUGGUCAGGAUUUCUGUCUGUGCCCUGUACCACGAUGGCCUUGGAGCAAAGGUGGUCUCUCUUAGCAACUACUUAACCUUCUGGGGCAAAAGAAACAAAGCCCAGUUGAGGAGUCCUCCUCGCAAGUCACUGCAGCAGAAAAAUUAGGUCAUUUUUGCUCCUUCUACGGUCCAUACAGGGCCGACUAAACUACUUGCCACUACUGUCAGCUGGACCCUUAACACCAGGAUUCCCCUUCUGGAGGGGGGCGUGGAGGUUAAGAUCAAUGGGAAGGUUUACCAAAAAGCUGCUUUUGGUUUAUACGGUGGCGACUUUGGGGGAAAAAUGCUGGGGGAGGGUCACCUCACCAUUGAAAUAUCCUGGUCUCUAUAGUGCGAGAGAUCUUAAAGGUAAUUGAUGCAGACGAAGUGGGUGGCAUCUUAAUUCCCACUAAGUAGCUCCAAAAUAUCUUAAAAUUCUUGUCGCUAAUCGGAAGCAGGUUAAAACACCAGCUGUGACAUACUCAAGGUCUUCCGCCAGUAGCAGGGGAAACCAUGCCCUGCAGGUUGAGGCAGGAUGAGGCGGCUGUAAAAAUGCCACCCCGGGGUUCCAGAUCUGUGUUCACCACAAUGACUUCCGGAUCCGAUUCUACCCAUUUUCACAACAGAGAUGAGAUUUUUUUUUUUACCUGUCCCCAACAAUAAAGAUCUGCUUAAGAAAAAAAGUACGUGUGUGGGGUUGGCAUGUACAGUGGGCAGCUGUAAAGGCCAGAGGGCGACUGAGAAUCAGCUUCUUUUCCAGGAGUGUGGGGGCUGCCUGCUACCCCCGCCCCAUGUGUGUCCUCGCAAUCAAUGACUCUCACUCAUCCAAGCGCAGGGAGCCUGUUCUGCUUUUCUGGCAUCAGCCAAGCUUCAAGUGGUAAUUUUCAGCCAGACUGUGUUUUUUCCUGUUGCCCAAUUAAAGCCACUGAAAAGCUGUUCUCUCCUCCUGCGGCCUUGUUCCAGGGCAGCACACGGAAUUCUGCAGUGAUAGACAUAGUAGAAUGUGGUCCAGGAACGGAGCAGCUGGACCCAUUGAGGUCAUCGGAGGAGAACUACACACGCGUGUGCGUGUACACGUGGAGAGGCCUGCGGGCUUGGAGUGGCAGUCCUGGGAGGGGCCCGAGCGAGUAGCUGGUCCAGCCCCUCUAGUCGCGCAAGCAUCCUGUUCACCGUCACCUCCCCCUCGGGCAGGCCCCUGCUUGCCCGCUGGGAGCAGGAGCUGAACACGGCGGGCGCCCGUGAGCGGUGUUGGGUCGUGGGAGGUCCGGCAGUGCCCCUGCAGCUUCUCUCCAGGUGCUGCGGCGUGAACCGAGGACAGCCCGGAGCUCACAGGAUCUUCCGUUUGCCCUGAAGAAGCUGUGUUCAGCGAGCACUCAAACCUAAGUCCCUCUUUGCUGACACCAACAGGGACAAGAGCGCCCACUGCUUUCCUCCAAGCAGGCUGCUCAAGGGAAAAUGCUCUGGGGACAAACGGCUGUUGUCUAUUCGCCUCAUUAUUGAUUGUUCACUAUUAGCAAGUGGUGCAUGUGUGAAGGGUAGAAUAUUUUCCAGGAAACAAAAAGCUUGGAUGUUGGAAAAUCUUACAUUGGGUCUACUCUAUGGCCGGGAUUUCUCCUUCUACGAGGGUAGAUCUGACAUCAGGACAUUGUAGGUAUGCCUAAGUGUGAAAGCACGAAGAGAAGUAACUCUGCUGCAUUUUUCAGCCUAAGUAUGUCUCACCCUCUUGGCCUUCUGGAAUACUUCCCAAGUCAGGAAAUGUGUGACUAGAUUUGGGUAGGACUUGUUCUGAGGGGCUGUAGGGUUUCCAUGCAAUAAUGUGCCACCCCAUGAAAGCCUCUGUCCCCAGGCCUGUAGGCCAGUGUGCAGCCCCAGGAAGGCAGCCAGUCUCAGGUCUGACUCCUGGGAGCUCUUGCCUCACACAAGAAAGUCACCCACACGGGCUAGAAGUGGGAUAUGGGAGGAGGCAUGAUUAGGACCCAGUCCCCCAAAACAGAUCUCCUUUGAUAUCAGAGGAUAUGAAGUCCCCAGCCAGUCAAGCCACUCUGCCGGCCUGGGGUCACAGAGGUGCAAGGGCGGCUGGGAGGCCAGACCCUGCUGCAGCCACGUCUCUCCCCAACCUUAGUUCUCUUCCUGCAUUUUGAGGAAGGAUCGGCUUUGGUGAUGGUCUUCUCCAACUACGAGGCCUUAGGUGAAAAAACUUGCUCCUCCCUACAAAACAGAUGUGAAGAACAGAGCUGCUACCAUGCGUGAUGUAUGCAGAUUUUCAGUACCUGGCCUUUGAGCAGCGGCCUGGCUUCCUGAGGCUAUGAGCGCCUGCAGCUGCUGCAAGGUGAAAACAUUCUGAUCGAGAAAUUCAGUGCCCUCCUCUCCCUCAUAACUGCUUUCAACCUUGGAGUGUGUCCUUUCAGAACUUGUUCCAUGCAUCUCUCUACAUGUAUGUCCAUCUACCCAUAUGUCGGACCAAUCCUUGAUAUCCUCAAAUUUCACCUUAAUGAGGCUAACACCUUUCAGCUUCUCAACGGGCAGCUCCUUUAUGUAUUCCAG